AUGGAAUGGUUGGAGUCUCAAGGAAUAGAAUUGUCGAAGGAAGAGGAAUUGCCGAUAGAUCCAUACACAGAAAAAGAACGAUGGAAAUCCGUGCAGCCGCCGAAGAGGUUGAAAUCUUACGACGACGCUCUUCGACGUUUUCUAGAAUACGACGGAAAAGUUCUUGCCUUUAACGCGGUGUGGGAUGAUCGUGAUUCAGUAAAUGGUGAACUUGGCGAAUACAAGCUACUAUAUUUUCUUCAAGAUGAUACCAUCGCCAUAAAGGAGCUUCAUGACGGUAGAGGUGGGAAAGAACCGUUUCCAAUGCUGUUGAAGAAAACUAAACUGCCGAAAAAAUGGAAGGAGAAACCUGUAUCGUUUCCGUCCAUUGCAUUGGAGACUACUGAAGAUGAGGUGACGGAGUACUACGCGCCGCGAGACCUUAUCGUGGGUGAAACGAUCUUCGUGUUUGGCCGCCGCAUCUUACUCUACGACUGUGAUGAUUUCACUAGAAGAUAUUACAAAACUAUGUUAAAUAUUGAUCAGCCAUCAAGGAUUGAGAUACCUCGCGAGAAGCCGAAAGAAGUUGCUAAGGCGUUCCCACCGCAUAUUGGCAUUGGUGCGCCCGAGGAUACGCUGCAAUCUUGCUUCGGCUUAAUGCCUAAGCCACCUCACAAAGACAUCAUUAAAUACAAUCUCAACGCAAACAAGUACCUUCGCUAUCUUUGCGAGCUGGACUGGAUCCAUCCAGAGGAUAAGAAUAGAAAGUUCGUUCUAUCAUACAGUCUAGCAGACGGCACAAUCAAGAUUGGUGAGAUUCCACGUCGGAAUUCUGGAAUACGAGAAGGAAAAUUCUUAAGUUCAAUGCGGCUUCAGACGCCCGAUUCGGAUCCGAAUUUUCCUACAUAUUACACACCCGAUAAGUUCUAUAUAGGAGCAAUAAUACCUGUGUUCAAACAUCGUUUCAAGAUCGUGGGCUGCGAUCUUUUCGUGUAUAGAUACAUGAGCGCCAAUCCCGAGAAAUUCCCACAGGAGGUUAUCGACAACGUGCGCAACUAUCACAUGCGGGAGGGCAACCUAAAGGACGAGCUUGAGGAAGCAGUUAGAGAACAAGAAGAUACUGAAACACGCGCUCAGCUUGCCAAGAUUGGUCAAGCAGCAGUGGCGGAGCCCGACGCAAUGGAGCGCUGCUUGGCGGACCUACGCGUGGUGGAGGGCAGCGCCACGCCGCCGCGGCCGCCCACGCCGCCUGUGACAACUGAUCGCAUAUCAUAUGAGGACUCCUUGCGCGCUGCUAGACUCAGCAAGCCACCAUGUGACAACGUAUUACCACUGAAAGGCAUACUAAAAUCUGGCGAAGCACGUGAAGAUCAUCAGAAGAUAGUGUGCUUCAGUGGACCUACAGCUGGAGAACAUCCUGCAAAUAAUUCUGUGCCUGAAUAUUAUCCAGGUGUUCAACAAUUUAACGAAGAUCCGAACUUCUGUGACAAAUACAAAGACCCGGGUGCAGCAAAAAGGGCUGACCGACGAGCAAGAAAUGAAUGUCCUUAUGAAAUCUCACCCAGUGCACGAAUGCUCAGUGAUACAGAGGAUAGUGAUGAGCCUCGACUUCCAGGGUAUCUUGGCACGUAUGGUGUUGACUGCAAGGAUGUAACCGAUUACAUGCGUUUACCAAAGGACGCAUACGAACGCGUUAAGACGUUACGGCAGCAGAUACCGAGGAUAUCGCCGGAGGCAGAAAGGGUGGCCGGCUUUCCUAGAGAAGCUUCACCUCCACUUGAAAAUUGUAUGAAACCUCAGACAGAAGAAUAUAAUUCCUGUCCUCCGCACAAAGAAGAAGAUGUUGCCUUUAGUUGUCCGCACACUGAACCUAGAAUGCCUUGUUGCGAUCCCAGUAAAAGAGACGCUUUGUCUUCUUAA